CUAUUAAUCGGUGGACUGUGUAGCUGAAUAACAACAAACGGGCAAAUCUUUUGUUGUUUUGUUUUGUCAAAAAUCCAAAAUUAUUCGCAACAUGGACGAGUCGGAACUAUUGUUUAAUCUCUUCUACUUUCUGCUGUGCAUGGUCAUCAUCUACCCCCCCGAGGAGUUUCAGCGCCUGGGCUUCACCAUUGAGCAGUUGUUCGCUCGGUUUCUUGGCGAGGAGUAUCUGGACUUUGUGGGCUACCACCUGCGACGCACAUCGCUAAACCUCUUCGUGCACUCCUGCCUGCCGUUCUCCUACUUUCUUAUCCACAGACUGAAGUUCUCCGUCUUCGCCACGCAGGAGCCUCUGGAAGACUCUGAUCUCGAUCCAGAUUUCCCGAUGCCCCAGGAAGCGGUGGCCUUCAAAACGCUUACGUGGAAGACCGCCCAGCGGUUCAGUGUACUGGCUGUUCUGGCCGUGCCCGCUCUCAUCUUUAACUGGCAUCAGCAGAACUGGCGCCGGCACCCGAUCAGCAAGGCCCUCUCCAAGUACUCCAACUCGCCAGGCAGCUAUAGUGCAGUUGCAAGCGACAUUGGCAUCGAGUUCCGGCGACCGGAAAUUUACAAAAAGAAGUUAAACUCUAUAAGCACUGUGAUUGCCACCCAGAACUGGAUAAUCAAAACCACCAUGUACAAUGUCCACUUUGCUCAUCAGAGCAAUACGUCGCUCAGCGUAGCUAAGGCGGAGACCUACAACAUACCCCAUCACGACCAGAACGACACUCUGCAGAUGAUAAGCAUCAUUGUGCAACCGAUGAGACAGGGUGUGAGCGACUUCCACAUACGAAUUAAUGCCUUAGAGUUUAGGAACCUGGAGGACCGUGUGCGGCGGCCCAUAGCCAUUCCCUCCAACAUCCAGUUCCACCGAAAUGUGAUCGAUCGCUUUGUGGACGUGUUCAAGACGCAAGUUGCUCUAAAUCCCAUAUUUCCGGCGGACGCCACUACGGAUAAGUGUUUUGCCUGCAUGCUAAACGAACCAAACACCAAGAUCCAAAAACAAUGCGCGGACUUGGAUCGGGAUGGUGCUCCCCUUGCAGAAGGGGCGUGCUGCUCUAACUGCUACUGCCGCCCCAUGUGGUGCGUGGAAUGCCUGGCCCGGUGGUUCGCCGCUCGCCAAACCGACGUGGAUCGCGAGGUGUGGUUGGAGCAGAAGUGCACCUGCCCCAUGUGCCGGGCCAAGUUUUGUGUGCUGGAUGUCAGCUAUAUCAGACCCACAGCCGACCCGAGAGCCACUCAGUAUUACAGACCCGAAGAUGUGGCUGAUACGUGAUUUCCGACUGUUAAAUUUACAAUUAAACGACUCUUAAAUCGAACCUGGUUCUUUAUUGGUCUGAUUUAAAUAUAAUAACUUUCAUUACAAUAAGCUUAAAAA